AUGGAGUCUCGAACAGACGAUACCCACGAGCUUCUGCACAAGGACGAGCGAGAUGUGGAAGCACAUCGAAUACCUCUCAAUCCGACAAUAACGGCUACGCCUCUGGAAUACACAGUCUCUAUGAGCAAGAAACUGACAUACCUCGCUCUGUACUUUCUGCUAAACCUCAGCGUAACGCUAUCGAACAAGGCACUGCUACGAAUAGCUUCAUACCCAUGGUUACUGACGUUCUCGCACACAUUUGCUACAUCGAUAGGAUGCACCAUCCUUCUGGCCACAGGCCAGAUGAGGCUUUCGAAGCUGACUAUGCGCGAUAACUUCGUACUAAUUGCCUUCUCUGCGCUCUUCACUGUCAACAUUGCCAUCAGUAAUGUCUCGCUUGCACUGGUAUCUGUACCCUUUCAUCAGGUCAUGAGGAGCACAUGUCCGGUCAUGACGAUUCUUAUCUACCGCAUCGCAUACGGGCGAACUUACGACCGCCAGACGUAUGUUUCCAUGGUUCCAUUGAUCGUCGGAGUCGGAUUGGCCACCUUUGGCGAUUACUAUUUCUCGGCCAUGGGAUUCGCGCUCACUCUCUUGGGCGUGGUUCUCGCAAGCGUCAAGACCGUCGCGACGAAUCGACUCAUGACCGGAUCUCUGCAAUUGCCUGCUAUGGAAGUGCUAUUCCGGAUGUGCCCCUUGGCUGCCGUGCAGUGUUUGUUCUACGCGGCCGGAAGUGGUGAGAUAACCAGACUAGGAUCCGCCACGCCUACGACUGUGUUCACGACCCCCUUGCUGAUUGCCAUUGUUGGCAACGCAGCCAUGGCAUUCUGUCUGAACCUCGUCUCUUUUCAGACGAACAAGGUGGCUGGCGCUCUCACUAUUAGCGUGUGCGGCAAUGUAAAGCAAUGCCUAACUAUCCUCCUUGGAAUCGUCUUGUUCAACGUCAGAGUCGGUGUGUCGAACGGGUUGGGGAUGGUCGUAGCAACUUUAGGCGCUGCGUAUUAUUCCAAAGUGGAGCUUGACCGAAAGAGGGCAUCCAUUUGA